AUGCACCUGCAGUCUCACCCCUUCUUCCUGGUUGGCUUUAGAGCCCUGGAGGACUACACUUAUCCCCCUCGGCAGCCUGCGGAGCCAGCAGGCCCUGACCUGUCCAGCAAGAUACUUCAGGAACUUAACCGAAGUCCAAAGUGCUUCUACCUCCAGGGCCCCGGCUUAAGAAAACACACACACACACGCGCGCGCGCACACACACACACACGCACACACACUCGGAGACCAGCCCCAGACACGCCGCGGGAGACACUUCCUACCCCGCGCGCCCCGCCGCCGCCGCCGCCGCUCCGGGCUGGGCUCGAGGCGCAGGCGGCCCCGGGCCCUCGGAGCGCCCCGGCCCGCGCUGACAGCGCCCGCGCCCCGGCCCGGCCCCCGCCCGCAACUCGGCGCAACUUUCCCGCGGGCAGGCGCCCGCCGCCGCUGGGCCCGCUCCCCGCGCGCCCCGGGCCCGCACGGACCUGGCUAUACUGGCGGCGCCUCCGGGACGCGGCCGCAGCCCCGCGCCCGGCGGCCCGAGCAGGGCCGGGCUGGGGCUCCGGCUCAGGCUCCGGGCUCGGGCUCCGGCUCCGGCUCCGGCUCCGGCUCGCUGCGGAGCCGCGCGCAAACCUUCCGGGUCGCCUGCUGUUCACUUCUGGGUUCUGCAAGCGCCGAGGCGGCGGCGGCGGCGGCGGCGGCGGCGGCGGGAGGCUGGGUCUGCAGCGCCGCGCGGCCCCCCGUGCGCUCGGCGAGCCCCCGCGCCAGGCGCCCGGCUCCGGGGGGGCCGCGUCGGGCCCCCGCCUCUCCGGCUGCGCAGCCCGUCCGGCCCCGGGCCCUCCCGCGAGUGGGCAGCGCCGGGCGCUGGCGACUGCGCGCGAGGGGAGGGGGCCGGGCGGGGGGCGGGGGCGGGCCGCGCGCUGGGGUCCCCGCUCGGGCCCCGGGGCCUCGUCUUGCGCUCACCGCCGCCGCCGCCGCCGCCGCCGCCGCCUGGCAAAGUUGCGCUGCGCCCCCCCGCUCGCUCCGCGCCGGAGGCAGAGCCACAAAGGAACUCCUCGCCCCCACUCCGCCCCCCUGAGCCGCGCGGGGAGGGCACCGGCGCCCGGCCCUAGGACAGCCCCUUCCCCAGCGCGGGGGCUCCCGGGGCCCCGGCGGCCGCGGCCAUUGUCCCGCCCAGGCCCGGCGGCUGCCUCGCCACCCCACUCCCGGGUGAUGGCGGGCUAGGGACAUGGGCCUGGCGGGCCACGGUCCUGACCAGGCCGAGCCCGUGCGGUGCCAGGCUGCCCCUGGGGGUCUCCCUCGAAGAAGGCCGCCUGGAGGGGACCCCCAGAAUGAACCCUCACCCCUGAUAACAAACGACCGUGCUCAAAAUCCAGGCCGAUUUUUUUUAAGACGAGGACAUAGGGGUGGGGAGUAGAAGUUUGCACAGGCCCAGCCACCCCUCCCUCGCUCUAGGCCGGAUCCCCAACGGAUGGGGCGGCCUGAAGCUGGCAGCGGCUCUUCUCGCAGAGUCUAUCAGAGGUGGCACCGGCUGUCCCCCGGCUCCAGACCUCAGAGCCAUCUGUAUGACUCCUCCUCCCGCCUCACCCUCCCCAGCCAAUCAGUCACCAAGUCCUCCUGAUUCGGCCUCCCGAGCUGUGUCAGCUUCCAAACUUCACUUCUACCUGAGGAGGCAGCCGGUUCCCGGAUCUCUUCACUGGCUUAGAUUUCUAUGACAUCCACCACCACCCGACCGCUGGGCCAGGAUGGAUGAGGGCUGGCCCUGCCCUCAGGGAGCGCGCAGUCCCCAGGCAAGGGCACACAGAUAAACAAUCAUCUGCCGGUGUUUGUCCUCCAGGAAGCAUUUCCAAAUUCAGUAAAUAUUCAUAGAGGACCUACUAAACAUCAAACACUGUACUGGUUGGCUGGGAGCAUAGCAAUUAAAAAACUGGAUGAUGCCCCUGCCCUCACCAAGAUUCUAUUCUAGCACAGGAUGGCAAACACUGUGGGCAACUGGAAGACAGGGCCCAUAGGGGCUGCUUGUUCUCAAGCCCCAAGCACAGUGCCUGGCACAGAGCAGAGGCACAAGAAACCUGUGUGGCGUGAAUUAGUUGGAAUUUUAAAGCAUGGCGGGAGAACACAGAGGAGGUCACUCUUUUUUCCAGAGAGGUGGAGAGGGCUUCAGAAAUUGGCUCUGAGGUGAGCGAGGUGGGGAAGAAAGGAAGGCCUUCCAGUUUCCAGAAAUGAUGAUAAUCAAAGGACCAACCCAUUGCUGAGAAAUUCAAUGAGAUAAUAAAUUAAUAAACGGGGGAAGAAGAGACAAAUUGCCUAUGCAGAAGAAUUCCAAAUGAUUUAUGCAGACACUCAGGGAGGGGGAGCAUCACUCCCUACUCCUUAGGAGUAGAUUGCAGAUAGUGACGUCCUCCCCAAGCGCACAGUAUGGAAAGGGAGGGGAAAGGAGUAACUUUACGGGGAGAGACCUGAUGACUGCUACUUAGAAAAGUGAUCAAGGCCAAGAUCGACAGCCACAAAUCAUGCUGAUACGUGCUUGAUACUAUGUGAUGAAAAUGACACUUUACCUUUGUGGUCUUCCUCCCAAUAACCCAUAACCCCAGCCUUGUGAGAAAAACAGACUCCAACAAUGGGCUAUCCAACAAAAUUGCUGGCUGACCAGUACCCCUCAAAACUAUCAAGGUCAUCCAAAUCAAGGAAAAGUCCGAGAAACCAUCACAGCCAGAGGAGCCUAAAGACACGGCCAGGCGCAGUGGCUCACGCGUGUAAUUCCAGCACUUUGGGAGGCCAAGGCGGGCGGA